UAACCAACCUAGAAUUAGAGUAGAAAAGAAUAUUUAAUCUACGUGAGCUGGCUGGUUGUUAUUUUCUACCGAGUUUAUGCCAAGCUCUUCGAAGAAGAAGAUGUCACUUUUAAUUGAAAUAUUAUGAUUUUGAAUAUUUUAUUUAAAUUAAGUGAAAGUGCGAGUGAAAGUUCUAAACCGAAAGUAGAUUAUAUAAAUGUUAUAUUUUACAUAAUGUUCAUUAUCUAUAAUGUUUUUUUUUAAUCGAUUAAUUAUUAAAUAUUAGCCACCAGUUGUGAAAAAGUUUUGUGUAAAAAAUGUCCAACGUGUUUCUCCUUUACGGAGAAUUGUGUGCUACACAUCCAUGGGAAGUAAUAGUGGCGGUUAUAACUUUGACAACUUACUUUUUAGCUUUGGAAAAGCAAGUUCCAAAUGUACUAAAAAAGACAACAAACUGUGUAGGAUGCUAUGAUGAACAGUUUCAGGCAGCAGAUUUGAUUGUGAUGACAAUAAUUCGAUGCCUUGCCAUACUCUACAGCUAUCAUCAAUUUAGAAAUUUGCAAAAGUUGGGCUCAAAAUAUAUUUUGGGAAUUGCUGGAUUGUUUGUGGUUUUUUCAAGCUUUGUUUUUACUUCAACUGUCUUAAACUUCCUUCGGAUUGAUUUUGUUGAUUUAAAAGAUGCUUUGUUUUUCUUUUUACUUCUCAUCGACUUAUCAAAAGCUGCGACUCUUGCUCAAUUUGCCCUCACAGCUUCAAAUCAACAAGAUAUAAGUAAGCAGAUUGCUAGUGGUGUAUCAAUUUUAGGUCCUACAAUAACAUUGGACACUAUAGUAGAGACAUUGGUUAUUGGAGUGGGUACUUUAUCAGGGGUAAGAAGGUUAGAAAUGCUCUCAUAUUUUGCUUGUCUUUCGGCAAUUGUUAAUUAUGCAAUUUUUAUGACAUUCUAUCCAGCAUGUUUGUCUUUAAUGUUGGAAUUAGCACGAAUAUCUAAUUUUUAUGGGGAAAAUCAACAAAUGGUGAAAAAAAAGCUCUUAGAAGAGAAUGAGAAAGCCAAUCCUGCAGUGCAACGGGUAAAAUUGAUUAUGUCCUUUGGUUUACUUGCUGUGCAUAUUCAUAGUCGCUGGUCCAUUGACAACAAAUAUCGGAAAUCAGUUAAUAGCAUAGAUGAUUCUUUAAAUUGUGCUCAAGACCCUUCUUUAUUUGCAACCAUUAUGAGACAAUUUGUUUUAAGUGCAGAUCACAUAGUAAUUCUUAUUCUCUUAAUAACAUUGAUGAUUAAGUUCAUAUUUUUGGAACCCAAGGACAGUUUAAAAGAACAGUUUGGCCAUGACAUUCUUUUUGAAUUACAAAAAGAUUUACCCAAUAGAAGACACAUUAGAACCGUGUCUCUGCACGCAGAAUCUCAAACGGAAGAGUUGCAAAAUUUAUAUGAUGAUAAUAAUGAUGAAGCAAAUUUAAGUCGGAAUCUGAGAGAUUGUUUGGAGAUUUAUCGUACAGUUGGCGCUAGGGAGCUUUCGGAUAGAGAAAUUAUGAUGUUGGUAGAUACAAAACACAUACCAGCCUACAAUUUAGAAAAGGCCAUUGAAAAUCCUGAAAGAGGAGUGAAGUUGAGAAGAAAGAUUAUUACCCACCAAAUGAAGAUGGAUGGUGUAUUUUUUUCUUUGCCAUAUAAGAAUUAUGACUACAGCAAAGUGAUGGGGGCCUGCUGUGAAAAUGUUGUAGGCUAUGUCCCAGUUCCAUUGGGAAUUGCCGGACCUUUAUUAUUGGAUGAUAAAUUAUAUUACAUUCCAAUGGCUACAACUGAAGGAUGUUUAGUUGCCAGUACAAAUAGGGGCUGCCGAGCUCUGGAAAAAUGUGGGGUGAGAAGUAGUAUUGUCGCUGAUGGCAUGACCAGGGCUCCAGUAGUGAGAUUUCAAUCUGUGACCAGAGCAACUGAAGCAAUUCAUUGGCUUAGAAAACCGGAGAACUUCAACUUGAUCAAGCAAAAUUUUGAUUCUACUAGUCGUUAUGCUAAAUUGGCAAAACUUUCACCUCAUAUUGCGGGACGAUACUUGUUUAUAAGAUUUAUUGCCACAACCGGUGAUGCUAUGGGAAUGAAUAUGAUAUCUAAGGGUACGGAAGAAGCACUACAGCUUUUGCAAACAGAAUUUCCAGAAAUGGAAAUAUUAAGUCUAAGUGGUAAUGUUUGCACAGACAAAAAACCUGCAGCGAUCAAUUGGAUCGAGGGUCGUGGAAAAAGUGUAGUAUGUCAAGCAGUCAUUUCCGCGGACGUUGUGUCUUCUGUACUUAAAACAACAACAGCGGUACUCAUAGACUUAAACAUAUCCAAAAACAUGGUUGGGUCAGCUAUAGCUGGAAGUAUAGGAGGAUAUAACGCCCAUGCAGCAAACAUAGUAACAGCAGUGUUUAUUGCAACUGGACAGGAUGCUGCACAGAAUGUAGCUAGCAGCAAUUGUAUGACGAUUAUGGAACCAUGUGGAGAGAAAGGAAAUGAUCUUUUCAUUUCUUGUACAAUGCCAUCUGUUGAAAUAGGAACUAUUGGAGGAGGUACAGUUCUUCCAGCCCAAUCAGCGUGUCUUGAAAUGUUGGGAGUCAAAGGACCUCACAUGGAGAAUCCGGGUGACAAUGCUAAGCAGUUAGCUAGAAUUGUAUGUGGGGCGGUGUUAGCCGGUGAACUGUCCCUGAUGGCGGCACUGGCGAAUGGGCAACUAGUAAAAAGUCAUCUUAAGUACAAUAGGUCAUAUUCUGACCAAACUAAGUUGAUAGCUGAUAAUUAAUUUUAACAAUAACGCUAGUUCUCUAUUGAUCUAAUUUUUACGAAAGAUAAAUCAAAUUGUCUGAAGCUAACAGAAAGUUUUUUUUGUUUUUAAAUAAAUUAAAAAGCUGUUGAUUAAUUUUAUUCUUUUUAACAAAUCUUGUUAGUGCAAAAUGUUGUAAAAAUAGCGGGUUUACUGUCACUAAGAACAUAAACAAGACAAUAAGCUCCCGAUCUUCGCGUUUCUCUUUUUCUACUCUUCCUUAGCAUUUUUAUAUGUUUCAAAGCAUCCAAAAUAAAAAAUAAAUCUGAUAACUGGUUGAUCCAACUUCAAGUGUCGACAGAGAGUAGAUCCUUCUUUUCCUGUUUAGUUCUUUUUGUCAUUAAUCAAGUAAAAUGGAAAUGCAUUGUUUAAUUACAGAAUGUUUUUAUAAAUAGGAAUUAAUGUUCAGUGGAAUAUAAAUUUUUGGCACAAUUCAAUGAUAAAUAUUAUUACUCAGUGUAAACAAACUAACAAAAAGACAAUUUCGUUUCAUUCUUAUUCAUUUUGAGAUUCUGUGUGAAACGCUACAUAUAUUGAAUUUUUUUUUCUCCAGUGUAACCAACUUUGAAAAUGCAUAUUUUUAUAACUUUUUGAAAAUUUGAUCCUCAAAUUUGGUAAAAUGUUAAAAAGAGACUAAAUAACUAAGCAAGAGUAUGUAAGUAAGAAAUUGUUGUUGUUCUUGCUGUCUAGUUGAAUACAGGAUGUCCAAAAAACAUUUUCAAAUUCGCGAAACUUGUUUUUUCAUUUUUUAACUGUAAGAAUUAGGUAUCAAGUCAACUUCUUCUUCGUGGGGGGUGCCCAGUUUUUUUCUCGAUGUUAGGUGUAUCAUAGGUGCCUCUCAUGGUGCGGCUAAUAAAGGAAUAGGUGUAAGGGUUACGAUAAAACUUUUCUCACCUUGUGGCAAUCCAGCCAUUACACACAGGAUAAGCCAGGACAAUGGAGUUGGGUUACCUUCUAAGCUGUAUAAGCUAUGUCUAAAUAUUAUUAUUAUACAUGUAUAUUCAUUUUUAAUUAUAUUCAAGUAUAAGCUACUACAAGUUGCGAUUAUUUACAAGCUAAGUGAAUUUCCUGCUAGUUAAUUAAAUUUUUAAGUUAUUUCUCAUUACAUAUUUUAUUCUUAGAUGCUGGAUUUGUAAACAUAUGUUCUAUGUUGAUAGAUCCUGGUGUUUUUCUUAAUUUAAUUUAAUUAAUAAUACUUGUUGUCCCUCUUCCACAGGCAACCUAAUAUAACCUGGUAUAAAUCUCCAGUUUCAUGUCCAUGGUUGCAGUUAGGUGUUUCUUUCAUUCCGAUUUUAUGAAGGUGAACGGGUAUACAGCAAUGGUUGGUUCUCGUCUUAUUAUUUUUUGCGGAGUGGUUUGGAUUCUCCCAUAACCUUUGCCUUUGUUUUGUGACCAGUUUUGGUACAUGUCUAUUUUAUGUGAGUUAUAAAUCGAGACAAAGGAAAUUUUUCUACUCCCUUCUGUAAAAUACCGAUCUAGCGUGCAGAAAGCGUCACUUUACCACGUGAGUUUCUUGUCCCACGGAUCCGAGUCCCUUCGGACAUUUCCGGGAUAUUUUCGCACGGGCUUGGGAACAAUCGAAGGCUUUCGGAGAUUUGUGACGGUGAUAUCAGUGAAUGUAUUUGUGUUGUUUUGCAAAAAUGUACCUUAAAACUAACGGUCGUAGAAAAAGUAUAGUAUGCAACACGUUGCCGUUUACCGCACUUGUUGCAUAGCAUAUUAUUGUUGAGUUGUUGCACGUUCUGAUCUAACAUACUUUUGUUUGCUAGUCUGUCGCCAUAUCAUUGCCCUUUAUUGCUUUAUUGCUAGGUAUUCACACUAGCCUGAUAUCGCACUUAUUCCUAUUGGACAUAAUUUCUUGUCGUGUGCGUAACAUUAUGUAAGCACUGCGUCCGGAAAUAUCAUUGAUUGCUAUUGCUUGGAUAGCACUCCAUAAAUCAGAAAUCACUGCUAAUUUAUUCAAAGUAUUUGAUACUUCUUCUUACUUCUUCUUUUACUGCUUCCCUUAUAGCAAGUAUUUCUGUUGAGCAUAUCGGUGUAUAUUUGUUAAGUUUCCUCAAUAUGUUUGUUCUGGGAUGCUUGCAGGAUAUUUCUAUUCCACAAGAGUUGUCCUCCAGUUUCACUGAUGUGUGGGUAUAAGCUAAUGUAAAUCCUUCUAAAUUUUCUUCAAUAAACUGUUUAAAUAUUUGUUUAUUAACUGGUUUCUUUAUUGAAGUUUGUUUUUAAAAUUUUAAUUUAGGAUGUUCGGUCUAUAAUUGGACAUUGGAAACAUGGUAAUACUUAACUUUUAUGAAUAUACUCAUACUUAUUGAAAAUUAAAUUAAGCCAUUCCAGUAACGCAGGUGUUUGAUGAUUGUUCCAGUAGGGACGGCUCAGGCAUCAGUAGAUCUCGUAGAAUGACCAAAGUUCUGCUGCUAUUUUUUGGCUGAAAACUUUGCUGCAAGCCAUAUUCUUAUUAGUUCCAAAGGGGUCUCUCCUGCUUCUGAUAAGAUUAGCUUUAUCUGUGUGGACCACAUACAACCUAAAGCUAUUCUUAAAGUUUGAUAUUGUACUCAAUUGAGUUUGUUCCAGUUUCCUUUUGAUGUUUGAAAUAUGCACAGCAACUCCGAACUCUAAAUGUUUUCUAACAAUUCCCUUAUAUAUCAAUAAUAGUGUUUUUCAAUUGAAUUUGUUCCAGUUUCCUUUUGAUGUUUGAAAUAUGCACUGCACUCCGAACUCUAAAUGAUUUCUAACAAUUCCCUUAUAUCAAUAAUAGUGUUUUUGGGUCUCCUCCCCAUCAAACUCUGGUAAGGUUUGUGCCUUUGUGCCUUUGUUGUGCAGCGAUCCACGUGUGCUGUCCAUUUGAGUUGCCUAGCAAAGAUGAUCCCCAAGUUUUUAGCCACAUAUUCACUUUAUUUAAUUUGUUUAUGUGUCUAGUCAUACCUGGUAUAUUGUUAGUGGUAUUAACGGCGCCACAUAUAAAGUAAACAAUAAGGGACUCGACGGGGACCCCCUGUGUUAAACCUCUGCUUGUGUGCAUCUAGAUUCUGUACAUACGUUGUUGGUGAUUUGUUUAACACUCUCCUCUUUUUUAGUAAAUUUUUUAUGUAUUUGAUUAUAUUUUCAUUUUUGUGUAGUUCAUCAAGAUAGCUCAGUAAAAUAGGACGAACUGUCCUAGCGAAAGCUGAUUAAUAUCCAAGAAAACUACUAUCACUUUUUCACCGACUGUAAAUGCUUUAUAUAUUUCUGUAAAUAUAUACAAUCCUCUAACGGUCCUAGUCCCGGUCUAUGCUAUUUUGAAUUGCAUUCUCUUAAUUUACGUUACUCCAGCAUUAUAGGUCUGUAGCUGGUAUGGUUAUUUGGAUCAUUAUUUGUGUAUUAGAAUUGGUGCAAUCACUUGAGUUGGGAUAUCCCUUUCUGCUUGCAAUAUUUUGUUGUAGAUUGUGCAUAGUUUUUCAAGGUGGUAGUCGGGUAAAUUUAAAAAAAUAAUAAUAUCAAUGCAAUAUUACUCUGAGUUCCUCAGUAUUAAUUUUGUAUACUGGUUCUUUGUUGCGGCAUUCCAUGUUUUGCAUUCUUCUUACUAGUCUGUUUCUCUCAAUUGCAGCAGCAAGUCGUUCAUUGUUCGACUCUAGCCUAUGUGUGGGGCUUGUGUAGUUAUUAGAGAAUUUACUUACUGUUGACCAUAUGGUUUUUAUGGGGCUGUCUGAUCUAAAUCUCCAAAGAAAUUGAUAAACUCUUGUUUUUUCUUUCUUUUAAGUGCUCUUCUUGUUUGUGCGGCAAUCCUUCUAUGUCUUAAAACAUACUUGCUCUGAUUUGUUGUUCGCAGGUAUCAUCCCACCAAACUGGUUUCUUAAGAUAUUUAGUUUGACCGUGUUGUCUGUGUAUCUUUGGAAUUGACUGUGUGGCUGCCCUGUUUGUUGUAUCUAACUAUUCUUCAUAGUUUUCUUGUGUUUUGUUGUUCUAUAAGUUGUUUAUAGUUUUUCCAGUCUGCGAAUUUUGUGUCCCAUUUCCGUGUUUGUAUGCUUAUUAAUUGGUUUAAUUGUGGGUUGAACGGGAUUGUUUCCAGUUACAAUUGUUUGCCGCGUCUUGUGAGAUUUGGGUAAUUUCCUACCACUACUAUUACUACUUCCAAACUACAACUACUUUCUUUUGGUGUUAGCCAUAUUCUGUUGCCAUCGCUGUAUUCCAAAGCUUCCAACAAAUUUCGUCCUAUUUGCUUGAUUACUGAUUGUAUGUUGUGCAUUCAAAUUAUUUAUUUUAUGAGUGAUGGAUGUUCAGUUAGCUUCAGCAGUUUACAAAAUUUAUUACCGAUGGUAUAAUAUUUGAAAUAUAUUGAUUGACUGUAUUAUAGUUUCCUAUUUCUAUAACUUGUAGCUGUGUAUUUGCUGGAGCGUCUAAGAGUAUGUUUAAUUUUCUUGUAUGAAAAAUUCUCAUUGAUAAGUACGCAUAUACCACCAUAUCCGUCUGCUCGAUCCUGUUGUAUGAUCGUGUAAUUCUUGAAAUUUAGGCUGACUGUUUCCUUAAGGUGUGUUUCAUUUAAUAAAAUUAGUUCUGGUUUAAUUUCAUUAACUAGAAUUUGUAGGUGCAUUAUUUUCCUUUUAAUGCCAUUAAUAUUCCAUGGUACUAUAGCGAUUGUCAUCUUUUUUUUUAUAUAGAAGUUUACUUCGAAAACGGAGGUACUACUUAAUCUAUUUUCUGAAAUGCUUGCACAUUAUUUUCUUCUACUAGAUUGGUUUAGCUUAAAACUUGCUUUACGAAUUCCAGGAGGGCUAUAGAUUUCACUGAAUUUUCUCUGCUAUCCCUAUUAUUUGUACCUGACCUUUAUGUGUCAUUAUUACUUUUUAUAUAGUCGAAAACAGUGCUCUGUGUUGUGAUGGCAAUGUUAGCUCCCUCAUCAUUUUUUUCCAAUUGGGUGGAUUGCGACAAUGUUGGCUUGCGUUUAGGCGGUUUUAUGAUAUAACUGUACGAAGAUUUCUGUGUUGGACUUUUAUUGCCGGACUGUCGUCGUUCAACCUGAUUUUUGUGUCCAUUUGAAUUAAAUCUAAUUGCUGGAAACUCUUCGCUACUUCUUAUAAAUCUAGUAUUAUGUGCACUAUAUUUAUUCCUUGAGUGUUUGGGCGCAUCUUUUCCUUGCUUCAAAGUAGGGUAAGUUUUUUAAAGCCAUAACUUCCUUGAUGGCAUUUCGCCUUUGGAUCUAUGUGAAUGUCCUAUCAGUGGUUAGAUGUUGCUCGCAGAACGUACCUCUGGGCACGUUAGCUGUGCAAUCGCACUCUUUGUGUUCAUCUUGGCAUCUUGCACGUAUUUUUUUGUUUCGGCACGUUGUGUCAAAAUGACCAUAGCGAAAACAAUUUUUGCAUUGUGCAACUGGGCUCACAUACCCUCGUUGUUUUUUAAGUUCCCUACCUAUUUUUAUUGGUUGUAAGUUAACACUGUUUUUACUGGGGUACAUACUUUCUAAUAUAAUCAAAAAGGUCCUGUAUCUCUAUAUUUAUGGUGUUCGAUAUUAAAUGUAUUAUAAGUUAGGCCUAGGGGAGGUUGGUUGCCUCCCCCACUAAGGAUAAAUCUGGGAAACGCCGCAUCAGUCGGCACGGCCCCUAAAUCCUAACUGCAUAAUUAAUUACUAUUCUAGUUCACUUUCCUUUUUUAAAUCUGCGAAAAAUUUUACCUUACUUCUGCUAAGUCCAGUACUUAUUUCUCUAUUAAACUGCAUUAGAGUUACCUGUAUCUAUUCCGAAACAUAUUAAAAAUGUUUUUUGAGAGUAUCGUAUUUGUUCUGUUGAACAUUUUACCUUCACGUACUUGGUUAUGGUUAAAACAAUUAUUAUGUUCUCUUGUCAAACAUCACAACUAACUAUUAAUUAGUAUAGAAAUAAUAUUUUUUCGCAUAGCCAAGUACGUGAAAGAAUAAUGUUCAGACGAACAAAUACGAUACUUAUCAAAAAACCUAAUUAUUUCUAAUAUUAUUUGGAAUAGGUAUAGGUGACCCUAUUGUAGUUUGAUAGAGAAAUAAGUUCCAGACUUGAUAACACUUAAAGUUACAGGAUGUCCCAUUUGAAAAACCCGAGUAUUGCUACUUUGAAAAUGUGAAUGUUUGUGGUCUAAUUUUGGGUAACUUGUAUACAAGUAGACAGCACCAAUAACAAAAACAUGAGCUUUAGCCUCUUUUAACAUUUUGCCAAAUAUGAGGAUCUAAUUUUUAGAAAUUACAAAAUGUACAAUUUUGCAAGAAAAAAAUUAAGGGUAAAUAGUUCAAAACAGGCACACAUAGGUAUAGGUAUAGGACAUUAUACAUAAAAUCUGUUUGAAAUUUCACUCAGAAUCUCAAAAUGUAAUAAUGUACACGAUUAUCCAUUUUCAAAUAUAUGAGUAUGUAUGUGUUGGAUGAUAUAUUUUUUAGUAAAUUUAGGCAGUUGCCAUAUCAUGAAAAUAUUGGACAAAUAUUAAAACAAUAUUUCUCAACUGUUCCUUUUACGUUUCUUUGUGAAAGUUUUCCUUUCAAUUAAUUCAUACUAUUAUAUACAAUAGUCCAAAUUUACUUUUGUUUGUCAUUUGCCAAACAAGAUUUAAACAUUUGUAGAGUAAAAGAAUUAAAUUCAGAGCGCAACACUUAGAAAAUUAUAUUUGAAAUGUAAAAAGCUCAAGUUUUUUAAAACCUCCCAUUAGAUUCGGCCGUUUAAAGAUAUCUGAGCCGCCUGAUGUUUUUUGGGUCAUCGAUAACAUUUAACAUCCAUUGCACUGUUAAGAACGUAUUUGAGAUUGAGGCGUUCUUUGAACUAAGACCGAAAUUAGAUCUAAAGAGAGGUAACUUAUAUUCUAUAACCUUUUAUUCGAGACUCAAAUGGAUGAGGUGUAUAUCGUAAGAAAUACAUUCAAGUUUGCGUGCUUACAAGUAACUAAUUAACACAUUAAAAGUGCCCAAAAAUGGCUUUUUUUUAUAUUGUCUUAGGUCAAAUUGCCACAGAGUGAUAUAUUUAUCAGUUUACUCGCGAUUUUAUGAUUAAAUUUAAUUUCGUUGUUAAUAACAUAAACCUGAUUGUAUUAAGUGUAUUAUUAUAUAGCUUGUACAAAGUUUUAAAUUGUCUUAAAGCCCGACUUUUAAGUUCUGAAGAGUUAAUAGUUCAUACUUGUCACAUAAAAAGUAAAAGGGAAUUUGUGUAAAAAGUUAUUGCUCAAGUUUGUACUUAGUUGUAUGGAUAAAUACAGUUAUUUGUUUUCUUUUAUAUAAAUAAAAUCUGUUUUCGCUAA